CUCCUCCUCUUCCUCCUCCUCCUCCUCGGUGAAACUGACUACAUUCCCCUCAGUUCCCCUCCAUCCUCACGGCUCCAGCGAUACAUUCAAAUAUCUCCUCUUUCCCUCUCUUUCCCUCCUUUCCUCUCACUUUUCUUUCUUCAUUAUCAUCCUCAGUCAAUCGAUCUUCAUAUCCUUAACCUGAGCACUUCCCUUCCGUACUUGUCUUUUCUCCCUCUUCGAUAUCCUUGUAAGAACCCCCUUCCUUGGCAAUCAAUCGACCAUACAACAGGCAAUCGCUGACUCUCUUUAGAACGACAAUCAUCCACCAUGUCUCUUCCUCAGACCAUGAAGGCUCUCAGAUAUGAGCAGCCUGAGAAGCAUGCUGUUGUUGACGUUCCCCUUCCUCAGCUCCGUGACAAUGAUGUCCUGGUCAAGGUCAAGGCUUGCGGUGUUUGUGGUACUGACCUGCACAUCCACGAGGGUCAAUUCAUUGCCAAGUUCCCCUUGGUUCCUGGUCACGAAACUGUUGGUGUCGUUGCGGCUGUUGGCCCUAAGGUCAAAGGCUUCGAAGUCGGCGAGCGGGUCGUCGCCGACAACUCAGAACUCUGCGGUGAAUGCUUCUACUGCCGCCGUGGAGACGAGUUGUUCUGUGAGCACUUCGAGGCUCACGGUGUCACCAUGAACGGUGGCUUUGCCGAGUACUGCGCCUAUCCUGCUGGCAGGGUCUUCAAGAUCAAGAACCUCUCUGACGUCGAUGCCACCCUUCUAGAGCCCGCCUCGUGCGCUGCUCACGGUUUGGACAAGAUCGCUCCUAAGAUGGGCUCUUCCGUCCUAUUGUUCGGUGCUGGUCCCACCGGCCUUAUCCUCGCUCAGUUGCUGCGCCAGUGCGGUGGAUGCCGUGUUGUUGUAGCCGCUCCCGAAGGUCUGAAGAUGGACCUGGCCAAGUCCCUCGAAGCUGGUGAUGAAUAUGUCGCUCUGUCCCGUCAGGAUCCUAGUGCACAGUUCGAGAAGCUGAAGAAGGAGAACCCCUACGGUUUCGACAUUGUCGUGGAAGCCACCGGCAGUGUCAAGAUCCUCGAAGACUCCAUCAACUAUGUCCGCCGCGGCGGUAAGCUUGUCGUGUACGGCGUGUACAACAACGAGGCCCGCGUCUCCUGGCCUCCCAGCAAGAUCUUCGGCGAUGAGAUCACUAUCCUCGGAAGUUUCUCCGAGACCUACAAGUUCCCCGCUGCUAUUGACUACCUUGACUCCGGCAAGGUGAAGGUCAAGGGCAUCGUGAACAAGGUGUUCAAGCUUGAAGAGUGGGAGCAGUGCCUGGAGUCGAUGAGGAACAAGUCUGCUAUCAAGGCGGCUAUCACUUUUGACUAGAUUCUUGUAUAUAUAGAUACCACCGAUUUAUGAGUAAUGAAUAUUUAUAUGUGAUGUACGGG